ACGAUUGUGAAAUCAUCGAUGUGCUCGGGUAUUGAAAAAAACUGUAUGCUGGGGCUGCCAAUCUAUGAAAAUGAAAACUCAGUCUGCUGAGAAUUUUCAUAAGAGCUAAAACAAAUCUAACGCAGUUGAACCGAAAAACGCAACUCAAACAUGUCAAACCUGAGGAAAAUGAAAGACGAGGAGCGUGAAUCCGAAUAUGGUCGCGUCUACGCCGUCUCUGGUCCAGUCGUCACCGCCGAGGCUAUGUCCGGCUCUGCUAUGUACGAGCUGGUGCGUGUCGGCUACUAUGAGCUGGUGGGUGAGAUCAUUCGUCUGGAAGGUGACAUGGCCACCAUUCAGGUGUACGAGGAAACCUCCGGUGUCACUGUCGGCGAUCCGGUGCUGCGCACUGGCAAACCUCUCUCAGUUGAGCUGGGCCCUGGUAUUAUGGGCAGCAUCUUUGAUGGUAUUCAGCGGCCAUUGCGAGACAUUGGCAUCAUGACCAGUUCCAUAUAUAUACCCAAGGGUGUCAAUACACCUGCAUUAUCGCGCAAGGAGAUGUGGGAAUUCAAUCCACUAAAUGUGCGUGUUGGCUCACACAUCACAGGCGGAGAUCUGUAUGGUGUGGUGCAUGAGAAUACACUGGUCAAGCAGCGUAUGAUUGUGGCACCGCGUGCCAAGGGCACAGUGCGUUACAUUGCCCCCGCAGGCAACUACAAUCUGGAAGAUGUUGUGCUCGAGACGGAGUUCGAUGGCGAGAUCACCAAACAUACUAUGCUGCAGGUGUGGCCAGUGCGACAACCACGUCCCUGCACCGAGAAGCUGCCGGCCAAUCAUCCACUCUUCACAGGACAGCGUGUGCUCGACUCGCUGUUCCCUUGCGUCCAGGGUGGUACCACUGCCAUUCCCGGUGCUUUUGGCUGCGGCAAGACUGUCAUCUCUCAGGCGCUAUCCAAGUACUCCAACUCCGAUGUCAUCAUCUAUGUCGGUUGCGGCGAGCGUGGUAAUGAAAUGUCUGAGGUACUCAGGGAUUUCCCUGAGCUCACCUGCGAAAUUGAUGGCGUCACUGAGUCUAUCAUGAAGCGCACAGCUCUGGUGGCCAACACCUCCAACAUGCCUGUCGCUGCUCGCGAGGCUUCCAUCUACACUGGCAUCACGCUCUCCGAAUACUUCCGUGAUAUGGGUUACAACGUGGCCAUGAUGGCGGAUUCUACCUCGCGUUGGGCCGAAGCUUUGCGUGAAAUCUCUGGUCGUCUGGCUGAGAUGCCUGCGGAUUCGGGUUAUCCAGCCUAUUUGGGUGCUCGCUUGGCUACCUUCUAUGAGCGCGCUGGACGCGUCAAGUGCUUGGGUAACCCUGAGCGUGAGGGAUCCGUGUCCAUUGUCGGUGCUGUGUCGCCACCUGGUGGUGAUUUCUCUGAUCCCGUCACCUCCGCCACUCUGGGUAUUGUCCAGGUGUUCUGGGGUUUGGACAAGAAGCUGGCGCAGCGCAAACAUUUCCCUUCCAUCAACUGGCUCAUCUCCUAUUCCAAAUAUAUGCGCGCUCUCGAUGAAUACUACGACAAGAACUUCCCUGAAUUCGUGCCACUGCGUACCAAGGUCAAGGAGAUUCUGCAGGAGGAGGAGGAUCUGUCUGAGAUUGUGCAACUGGUCGGCAAGGCAUCGCUGGCCGAGACAGACAAGGUGACCCUUGAGGUGGCCAAACUGCUUAAGGAUGAUUUCCUACAACAGAAUUCCUACUCGCCCUACGAUCGUGUGUGUCCAUUCUACAAAACUGUUGGCAUGCUGAGGAAUAUAUUGGCUUUCUAUGAAACAGCACGUCAUGCAGUGGAAUCGACAGCUCAGUCAGAUAACAAGAUCACAUGGAACACCAUCAGGGAAUCAAUGGGCGGCAUUAUGUAUCAGCUUUCCUCAAUGAAGUUCAAGGACCCCGUUAAAGAUGGUGAGCAAAAGAUCAAAGCGGACUACGAUCAGCUGUAUGAGGAUCUGCAGCAGGCCUUCCGAAAUCUGGAGGAUUAAGCAACAAAUACCAAAGAAACUACAACUACCAAAACAAAACCAAAAAAAAACCAAACGAAAUAAGCAACCAAA